AUGAGACUCCGAGGCCGCCACAGGAUUUCAGCAGCUCGCUUCGGCAAGUACCUCCGCGGGUCGCUUGCUUCGCUGGCCGGGUUGGCUGUCGUUGGCUGGUGUCACACCCCAGUCCUUGAAUCUCCGAUAGGAAGGGGGCGGAGCAUUAGUUCAGUAUACUGCAGGAUAAAUACGUGAACUUGGAUGGAUUUAGAGGUUAAAGGAGUUGCUACUUCCCCUACGAGUCAAACUCAGCCAUUCUCUGGAAGAAAGCUGCUGCAACAAGGACGGACUUCCAAAUCACGGGCAAUCCAGAAUCCUUGCCUACCUGUGGUUCCACGACUUGAUUUGGGAAGCCUUGUUGACUCUGAUGAGGAGGAGCAAGACAUAAUACCUGAAAACUUACCAGGACCAACAAGCAAAUAUAAACUAAAAUAUCAGCAACAUAAAACUGAAAUGAAAGAGGGAUAUAAACAGUACAGUCAGAGAAAUGCAGAAAAUCCAAAACCAGGUGUCACGCAACAGUCUCCAAGAAACAAGGUAGAUGACAAGUGUGUACAAGGUGAAGCAGCCAUCAUCGAUGGUCUUACAACUCUGGAUAGGAAGGCCCUCUUACAGCAGGGUUAUGCAGACAUCCCGUACAAUGCACCAUGGUGUAUGAGGAAGUCUGAUGCCGAAAUUGUGGCUGCAGAGAAGAAGAAACAGACUGUUGCAGAGCAAGUGAUGAUAGACCACUUAUCUAGGGCUGUGAUCAGUGAUCCAGAACAAAACUUAACCUCCGAGAGACAAGAAAGCAUUCAUAUCGUUCCAGAUUCAAAGAUGGCACCUCUUCGAUUUAGAAAAAGAACGCUACAUGAAACUAAGAUAAGAACCCAUUCUACAUUAACUGAAAACAUGCUUUCCCACAAAGUACAGUUUGAUGGUAGGAUCAUAUCAAGAAAUGGACGUGAUGCUUGCAGAGAGCUGAUUGGGUUCUUUUUUACUCAUGACCAGUCCCUAACAAUUUAUGAAUAUCGGCAAUUUGGGAAAAAUAGAACAAAUGUGCUACCUUUUAUUCAAAAAAACAUUUAUAGUCAUCAGUGUGGACGAAGAAAAGGAAAACAAUACCAACUUGGUGAUUUUUAUAUUGGAGCAAACUUGACAUUUUUGAGUUCUGAUCAUCCCAGACUUCCAGAAAGCAUAAAAGAAAACACAUUACUUAUACUUCGAAUCACUAAUAUUGAUCAGAUAGCUUUGGAUUCUCUCAAAACUGAUUCUGUGGAACGUGAGGAUAUAACCAGUCAAGAAGCCAAUGAUAGGCUUGUCUUAAAGGCCAUUCAAGAUGCGCUAAAGGAACAGCUACACAAAAGAGGUGUUCGCAUUUUGACUGGAUUGGGGAAAUACCUCCAACAACUGGACAAGGAAGGAACUGGACUUUUAGCUAAGGCAGAUUUUAAGCAAGCUCUAAAAGCAUUUCACUUAGAAGUGUCCGAAAACGAUUUUGAACCUGCAUGGCAAAUUCUGAAUGGCAAUGACAGUGGCAAGGUUGAUUACGGAGAAUUCAAACGUGCCAUUAUUGGUGAAAUGAAUGAGUACAGGAAAUCAUUUGUUCGAAAGGUCUUUAUGAAACUGGAUUUCAACAAAACUGGCUGUGUGCCUAUUAUAGACAUAAGAAAAUGUUAUUGUGCAAAGAAGCAUCCUCAAGUAAUUUCAGGCCAUUCCACAGAGGAAGAAAUCAAAUUAUCUUUUCUAGAAACACUAAAAGAUGCCUGCAGCAAGUCUGAUGAAGUGUCGUAUGGUGAAUUUGAAGAUUACUAUGAAGGUCUAAGUAUAGGGAUAGUAAAUGAUGAAGAUUUUGUUAAUAUCUUACGUACCCCAUGGGGGAUUUAG